AUGUUUUCGAUAGAGCGUCGACAAACGGAAUCUGCACAAUGCGAUAAAUCUUCACUGAUAUCAGCAUCCACUCCUGUCACUUCGUUUAUUCCAAUCACCACCAACUCAUCGAAUCUUCAAGACCGUUCUCAUUAUCCGUCCAACCGUUCUGCGGCUUAUUCGGAUGGUCCCUUCAGUCCACCUUCAUCAUCUGCGUCCUCAUCGUCAUGUUUUGCGAUCUCGGGCUCUGCGCGAUAUUCGUCAAAUAUUGUUGGCUUCAGACGCGGUGCUGACCCGCAAAGCUUUCGUUGCAUCCGACUUCCACCUGCUGAUAGUAGUGGUGGCUUCAUGACGGCAAGUAACACAUCAAGACUGUCAAGAACACUGGCUAUGAAACGACGAAAACGAAUCGGAACAAGGAGUCUCUGUAAAUAUGAUUGCCGCCGUCUUUCGUCGAAUCAGGAUUCUGAUACGGAUAUUAGUAAUAAUUAUAGUAGUAAUAGUGAUGACGAGUAUGAUACUUUCAAUGGUUUUACCGGUUAUGACGUGACCAAACAACACCUGCCCAGCGAUUAUCCACUGCAACUUCUAUGGCGAUUCUGCUAUUGCACUUUGUUUUGCUGGUUUUAUCAGUGCCAUUUAUGGCGAUCAUAUUUUGUGCUGUCCAUUUUGCUGUUUGGUGGCCUCUCACCGGCACUGGUGAUGGGUGAAUACCCACGGGUUUUGAUCAUGGUGGAGAAGUACGCCGACGAGAAAUCCUCAUGGGAAUUUCAUAGCAGAUCGUCACGACAAGCUGAGAUAUCAAGGAAGACAUGGAACGAAUAUGUACUCUAUAAAGGUGCGUAUGAGGCGAUUUAUUGGUCUAUCUAA